AUGAAUACUAACAGUCAGUCUGCUCAGAACCCUAUGCGUGAGUUGCGUAUCGAGAAGUUGGUCUUGAACAUCUGUGUCGGUGAGUCCGGUGACAGAUUGACCAGAGCCUCCAAGGUCUUGGAGCAGUUGUCCGGUCAGACUCCAGUCCAGUCUAAGGCCAGAUACACCGUCAGAACCUUCGGUAUCAGAAGAAACGAGAAGAUCUCUGUCCACGUUACCGUCAGAGGUCCUAAGGCUGAGGAGAUCUUGGAGAGAGGUUUGAGAGUCAAGGAGUUCCAGUUGAAGAAGAGAAACUUCUCUGCCACUGGUAACUUCGGUUUCGGUAUUGACGAGCACAUUGACUUGGGUAUCAAGUACGACCCAGGUAUCGGUAUUUACGGUAUGGACUUCUACGUUGUCAUGGGUAGACACGGUGCCAGAGUUGCCAGAAGAAAGAGAUGCAGAGCUCCAAUUGGUAACUCCCACAAGACCAACCAGGAGGAGUCCAUCGCUUGGUUCAAGCAGAAGUACGACGCUGAGGUUUUGGAGAAAUAA